AUGGACCUUCUAUCAGCAUCUGCUCCACCUGGCAGGACGGCCUCGAUAACAUCAGUGUCUUCAGCAGCCUCGCUAUCGGAACAUGGGAGUCCCGCACUGUCUACUAACCCACGCCCUACAAUAAACUUGAAGCCGUCACUAUCAUCACUUGCUAAACCCCCAGAGUCACAAGCCGGGGGAACAGCUCUCUCACCAAUCCCAUCGGCGUCCCCUGGAAACAGCGUUCCGCCAGGUUCACCAGUCAACGCGCCUAAGCCCGUGGCCGCUCCAGCAGUACCCCCUAAUCCCAAGGCUAACAUACCGUCCGAAACGGAAAAACUUAAGAAAACAAGUUCAACUUUCUUCAGGAUCUUUGGCUAUACGACAUGGCACGACAGGGUGAUGCUAUCAGCUUCGGUGGUGGCCUCAAUGGGGGCUGGUGUUGCUUUCCCCCUGAUGACCCUCGUGUUUGGUCAACUCGUUGGAAGCAUCGCAAGUACCAGAGCUGAUCUAAGUGCCGAGGGUUCCAAGGAUCACUAUUCUCAGCUCAUAAACGAAUACGUUCUUUUCAUGGUAUACCUCUUCAUCGGGAGGUUUGUAUUAGGGUAUAUUGGUACUCUAGGAUUCCGCAUGAUGGGUUUCCGUAUCUCUUCAGCGAUGCGAUUAGCUUAUUUCAGAGCUCUACUAAGCCUGCCAGUAUCGCUGUUAGACACUCAGCCCCCUGGGCAAGUGGCUGCUAUCAUAACAACUACGGCAAACACACUUCAAAAUGGAAUUUCCGAGAGACUAGCAGCAAUUAUUCAAAACCUGUCCAUGUUUAUUUCCUCGAUUGUCAUUGCCUUUACCCGCAGUUGGAAAUUGAGUUUGGUUACCAGCAGCGGCAUGUUUCUGAUCACAAUAUGUUACUGCGUUACCAUCCCCUUCGUCGUGAAGAACAUGAAACAAGUCGAAGAAGCAAACAUUAAGGGCUCCGCAGUCGCAAGUGAAAGCUUCGGCUCCAUCAGAAUGAUUGCUGCAUACGGCGCUGAAGUAAAGAUGGUGAAAAAGUAUCAAGAGUGGGUUGAUGAGGCGCAACGUAGGGGCCUUCGACUAUCAAAGAUAGUUGCUUUUCAGCAGGGCACAAUCUAUUUCAGUGUAUAUGCGACCUUCGCUUUGACCUUUUGGUACGCUGUCAAGAUGUUGAUAAAUUUUGAAAUUCCUGAUGUAGGAACAUUAAUCACUGUCUUAAUGUGUAUAAUGAUGAUAGUUAUGGGGAUCGGUGGUAUUGCAGCACCCAUUUCUGCUGCUGCUCGAGCAGCCGGUGCAGCUAGUAUCCUAUUCAACGGCAUUGAUGCACCGAAACAAGCUGUUGCCGGGCUAAAGUAUCCCGAAGUCUCAGCAACAGGUGAUAUUGUAUUGUGGGGGGUCAACUUCACGUAUCCCACGAGGCCCAAGCUCAAGGUUCUCGACGGUCUAAACUUGAUUUUGCCAGCAGGGAAAACGACAGCUAUUGUUGGACCUUCCGGUUCUGGAAAGAGUACAAUUGUGGCUCUUAUUGAGAGAUGGUACGAUUUGGAUGGAGACUCGGAACAGAAAAAAUUGAUUCAAUACUUCCGUAAUGGUUCAGUAACAAUUGGCGGUACAAAACUAACAGACAUCGAUUUAAAAUGGUGGAGGUCUCAAAUCGGACUCGUACAGCAGGAGCCUUUUCUCUUCAACGCAACUAUCUUCCAAAACGUUGCAAAUGGUCUAAUCGGAACAGAAUGGGAGGAUUGCGACCAUACCAAAAAGAAGGAAUUAGUAGAAUACGCCUGCAAGGAGGCUUUUGCCGACGAAUUCAUAGCUCGACUUCCCGAGGGAUAUGAUACGCAGGUGGGCGAUGCUGGUAUAAAACUGAGCGGCGGUCAGCGUCAAAGACUGGCGAUCGCUCGAGCUAUAGUCAAGCAGCCGAAGAUCCUCAUCCUAGAUGAGGCGACAAGUUCUAUUGAUGUUCGUGGCGAGAAGGUUGUCCAAGCUGCAUUAGAUAAAGUGUCUCAAAAUCGCACUACGAUCAUGAUAGCCCACCGGUUGUCGACAGUGAAAAAGGCAGACAACAUUGUGGUGCUCGCCAAAGGCAAAGUCGUCCAAUGGGGAAAUCACGAGAGCCUCAUGGCUCAGAUCGGCGGACCUUACUGGCUUCUUACCAACUCGCAAAGACUCUCGAUGGGCGACGAGGCCGACAUUCCUGAUGCAUCAUCCGAGGUUACAGAAGUAGAAAAGCGGACUAUGGAUCUCAUGACUCUUGACGAGACCAAAGCCGAAGUUCGGGAUAGCGAAAGCACUGUGGUCGAAAAAGCAGCAUUCAAGCCGAAGGGCGUAAUGGGAAGUUUUGGCGCUAUGCUCGUAGAGCAGAAACCGUUCUGGCCAUGGUAUGCGGUGAUGGCUUUUGGUGCUGUGGUCGCUGGUGGGAGUCCACCUGUUCAAGCCUUCAUUUUCGCAGCCCUUAUCUCGUCUUUUGCAUACUGGGGCGAAACAUUAAUCGCUGUCACUAACUUUUGGUGUCUCAUGUUCGUUGCGCUUGCGUCUGCAGCGGGAGUGGGCUACUUUGCUUUGGGAUAUUCUUCAACAGUUGUCUCUUUCUAUAUAACUUCAACCUAUCGGCGGGAGUAUUUCCAAAACAUCAUUUCUAAGACCGUGUCCUGGUUUGAUGGUGAUGGUCGAUCAAUCGGUGCUCUCACCGGAAUCGUGGCCAGCGAUCCUACACAGCUUCAGCAACUACUAGGAACGAAUAUGGCUUUUGCGGCCAUAUCGAUUCUUAGUGUCCUUGGAUGCUUAAUCAUAUCCUUCUACUUCGGAUGGAAACUCACCAUUGUUGCUCUAUCGUCUGCUAUGCCUUUGGCUCUGGCUGCUGGGUUCUUCCGCAUCCGUGUCGAAAAGGGGUUCGAGACUAUGAACCUAAAGGUCUUUGGAGAGAGCGCCAAAUUCGCUACUGAAUCUAUUGGCGCUAUCCGUACAGUAACGGCACUUACGUUAGAGGAUAGCAUCUGUCGCAGAUACGAAGAGCUACUACAGGCGCAUGUACAAAAGGCUUUCAAAAGAUCUCGCUUCGCAACUAUAGUAUUUUCGGCAAGUGAUAGUUUACCAUUCUUAUGUAUGGCCUUUGUACUAUGGUAUGGAGGUACGCUGUUGGUAUCAGGAGAGUACUGGACAUUCCAAUAUCUGGUUGUUUACAUUGCUGUGGUACAAGGUGCCACAGGAGCAGGACAAUGGCUCAGCUUCGUACCCAAUAUUGCGCAAGCUACCGCAGCGGCAAAUAGAAUCCAGGCCAUGAGGCAUAAUAAUAACGGCGAUGGUCGGGGUGUUACCAUAAGUGACGAGGCAGUUGACGCGGAUACUCGAGGAGUCAAGAUCGAGCUGCGAGAUGUAUGGUUCAAGUAUCCGACAAGGGAUGUUCCCGUGUUGAAUGGAUUAAACAUGACUAUUGAGAAAGGUCAAUUCGCGGCCAUCGUUGGGCCAUCCGGCUGUGGAAAAACAAGUAUUGUCUCCUUGUUAGAGAGGUUCUACAGUAUCAAAUCUGGAAGCAUAACAUACAAUGAUAUCGACAUUGAUAGUAUCGACCUAAGAGACUACCGCAGAACAAUCUCGCUAGUGGCACAAGAGCCAUCACUAUUCAACGGCAGUAUCAAGGAGAACAUACUCCUCGGUGUUGACCCUGAUAAGGUCACCGACGAAGAUUUGGAGCAAGUAUGUCGCGAUGCCGAGAUCCACGACUUUGUCAGUUCUCUCCCGGAAGGGUAUAACACAAAGGUAGGUAUCAAAGGAAUCUUGCUAUCUGGCGGGCAAAAGCAACGCCUAUCAAUUGCUCGAGCACUUAUCAGGGAUCCGCGGCUCUUGCUUCUAGAUGAAGCCACCUCUAACCUCGACUCGGAGACGGAGAAACUCGUACAAGGCGUCUUCGAGCGAACGAAGAAGAGUCGGACUAUGAUAGUAGUUGCCCACCGGCUCGCUACGAUUCAAAACGCCGACGUUAUCUUCGUGCUUGGCGAUGGCCAAGUUCUAGAAUCCGGUACCCAUAUUGCCCUCCUCCAGAAGCGAGGUGUGUACUUCAGCAUGUGUCAAGCACAAGCUUUGGAUAGGUAG